AUGGCAUUUUUAGUAGCCAUAUUGAGCAAAUGCCAUGUAGUUAACAUUUGUGUUAUGAGGAUUCUUUCUGAGAACUGCCAAGCUGGCCCUGGUAACCUCACGUUUUCCGGUGGGGUGACCAGUAGUAACAGUAGUAAUAGCCGUAGUAGUUCUAUUCAAAGUCCGUUAACUACUUCACAAACAGUAAGUUUGGAUCAAAAUGUAUUGACUGAUGGUAAACCACCAGUGAUAACAUUUCCGGUUCUUGAACAAUCAGUCACAGCAAGUCUAACUCAUGAAAACUGUGAUAGCGAAAGGUCCACUCCGAAGGAUAUCAAAAACAGCAUACUGCAACCGUCGAGUAAUCCUCAAUCUAUACUCGCUACUACGGAUUCCAAUAUCACCUUAUGGCAAUUCCUUCUAGAGUUGCUGCUUAAAGGUGAACAUACCGACCUGAUCCAAUGGACAAAUCAGCAAGGCGAAUUUAAGUUACUGGAUGCAGAAGCGGUUGCACGAUUAUGGGGACAACGUAAAAGUAAACCACAUAUGAAUUAUGACAAAUUGUCACGUGCAUUACGAUACUAUUAUGAUAAGAAUAUCAUCAAAAAGGUAAUCGGACAAAAAUUUGUGUAUCGAUUUGUAACAUUUCCGGAAGGAUGUACACCUGAUGCGUUGCAAUGUGCUAUUGCACGAGAUGUCGAUGGUAUGUCAACUGACUGCUCUGCUGCUGCGGACUGUCAUGGCUUAAUGCGAAGUAGUAGCUCACCAAUUGUUGCAUCUUCAGUGGUUGCUGGUUCAGGUGUCAUCGGUGCGCAAGCCAUGCAGGCUAUUUGUAUUUCCAAUAUGAAUGCAUCGCCUUCUGCGAGCACAAAGAAUGGAGAAAAUAAUGGUGGAUUAGAAGCAACACCAGAUAGUGUGCUUACUUCAAUAAAUGGCGAUACUAGGACAACGAUUAACAAUACUACAACAGUAACAGCAGCACCGGAUUUUUCACCGAUACCAUCAACCAGUGGACAGUGUCCAUAUAGCUGUGUGUCGGUAAGUUGUUCUCCACCGAGUGGUUUGCAGAAUGCGAUCAAUACAAACGCUGAUGCUGGAGUGAUAUGCAGAAAGAGGAAAACUCCGAUGUUCAGUUGUAGCGCUCCCGAAACAACCACCACAGUGACAUCGCCCUCAUCCUCGACGGUUCCAUCCUCCAUUAUACCCUUAUCGAAAUCACUAUCAUAUCCGUCAAAUCCUCCAGCAACAAUUACGGACCGUGGGAGUGGAACGCAUGGUACCCAAAUACCUUCCUUGAAACGGGUUAAACCACGUCCGCUUAAUCUUUCUGCAACAGCAGCAUUCUCCAACGGAUCCGAAUUAUCAUCAUCAUCAUCUAACAAUCUACUGGUACUCUCACCUUUUUUUCUUCAUAAUAAUACAGGUAAUGCGUAUACGAACACGUCACCUCUGGUUACUCAAUUCAGUCAACUUUAUGCAGCGGCUUCACUUUCUGCUGGUUUAUGUCCAACGAGUCCUUUCACAUCUUUACUUACAACAGCAGCAGUAAGCCCGAUGCUUGGAGCUUUGGGGUCACCCAUGGCUGCCUCUAAGUUAACUCCAACUACUGCUGGUCUUCAACAACCAAUCUUCCAGUUUCCACCGAAUCCAUCUCAUAUGGCAGCAAUGGCUACUGCAGCAAUGAUGUCACCAUUGAUGCCAUUUCUUGGUGCUGCUAUGAAUCUGAACGGCAACGGUUGUCCAACCUAUGGUCGUAACAAUUUUGUUAGCCGCAGUCCUGAAAGUUUAAAAACACCAGUUGUACCGUUUCCAAAAGAUUUCUAA